CAAAUCUUAGCAGUACACGUCACACCACAGAGUUGCUGCGCAACCCUAGAGCACUCCCGCAAUGUCUCCCACGAUGGCAUCGUCGCUCUGUGUAUUCGCGGCGAUGUCCGGCGCCGCCGCCGGGCGGCCUGGCAGUGGCGCGGCGGUGCCCGGUCGUCUGGCGACCAGCCAGCAGGGCGCCAAGGGCAAGCGGGCUGCGGCGCAUCCUCUCGUGGCUAGCGCCGUGACGGAGACGCCGGCGCCGGCGCCGGCCAUAGCUCCGGCCCCGCCAGGUCGGCCCGCGGUCGUCGACGCCCCGCGCCGCCGUGGGGGCCGCGGCGCCGGUGGGCACGCGGCGUGGAAGAGCGUCCGGCAGGAGAGGUGGGAGGGGGCCCUGGAGGUGGAAGGGGAGCUGCCGCUCUGGCUGGACGGCACGUACCUGAGGAACGGGCCGGGCCUGUGGAACCUCGGCGACUACGGCUUCCGGCACCUGUUCGACGGGUACGCGACGCUGGUGCGCGUCUCGUUCCGCAGCGGGCGCGCGGUGGGCGCGCACCGGCAGAUCGAGUCGGACGCGUACAAGGCGGCGCGCGCGCACGGCAAGGUGUGCUACCGCGAGUUCUCCGAGGUGCCCAAGCCGGACGGCUUCCUCUCCGCCGUGGGCCAGCUCGCCAGCCUCUUCUCGGGCUCCUCGCUCACCGACAACUCCAACACGGGCGUCGUCCGCCUCGGCGACGGCCGCGUCCUCUGCCUGACGGAGACCAUCAAGGGCUCCAUCGUGGUCGACCCGGACACGCUCGACACCCUCGGCAAGUUCGAGUUCACGGACAAGCUGGGGGGCCUCGUCCACUCGGCGCACCCCAUCGUGACCGACACCGAGUUCUGGACGCUGAUCCCGGACCUGAUCCGCCCGGGCUACUCGGUCGUCAGGAUGGACGCCGGGACCAACGAGCGGCGGCUCGUCGGCAGGGUGGACUGCCGCGGCGGCCCCGCGCCCGGGUGGGUGCACUCGUUCCCCGUCACCGAGCACUACGUGGUGGUGCCGGAGAUGCCGCUCCGGUACUGCGCCAAGAACCUCCUCCGCGCGGAGCCCACGCCGCUGUACAAGUUCGAGUGGCACCUCGAGUCCGGCAGCUACAUGCACGUCAUGUGCAAGGCCAGCGGCAGGGUCGUGGCCAGCGUGGAGGUGCCGCCGUACGUGACGUUCCACUUCAUCAACGCGUACGAGGAGACGGACGAGGACGGGCGCGUCACGGCCAUCGUCGCCGACUGCUGCGAGCACAACGCCGACACCUCCAUCCUCGACAAGCUCCGCCUCCAGAACCUCCGGUCCUCCGCCGGCCAGGACGUCCUCCCCGACGCCAGAGUGGGCCGGUUCAGGAUACCGCUGGACGGGAGCCCGUUUGGCGAGCUGGAGUCGGCGCUGGACCCCGACGAGCACGGCCGCGGGAUGGACAUGUGCAGCAUCAACCCGGCCCACGUCGGCAAGAGGUACCGGUACGCCUACGCCUGCGGCGCCCGCCGGCCCUGCAACUUCCCCAACACCCUCACCAAGGUCGACCUGGUGGAGAAGACGGCCAAGAACUGGUACGAGGAGGGCGCCGUGCCGUCCGAGCCCUUCUUCGUGCCGCGCCCCGGCGCCGUGGAGGAGGACGACGGGGUGGCGAUCUCGAUGGUGAGCGCCAGGGACGGGUCGGCCUACGCGCUGGUGCUGGACGCCAAGACGUUCCAGGAGGUCGCGCGGGCCAAGUUCCCGUACGCGAUGCCCUACGGCCUGCACUGCUGCUGGGUGCCCCGGAACUCGAACGCCUAGAUCGAUGGAUCGGAUCCACUCUGCUGCUUGCAUCUUGCGCUCAGCGUACCGACUCGAUGGCCGGACGUGGACGUACAGCCGUAGAAAGAUGCCUGGUUCAUUGCUGGGGCCUUCUGCGAACGGGGGGAGAUCGAAGUAUAGACGUUGUAGUGAUGUAUGUAUAGGCACACGUCGUAUACGUGAAACUACAGGGGAAUUGUACGUAGCCCUUCCCACACCUUGACACCUUCAAUGUCGUUGUAGUAAUGCAGGCGUGUAAUGUGUACAUAGCUAUUCAAGUGUUCAUUAUGUAGUAUAGUGCUUUCUUUUUUCAGAAAA